AUGGGACAAGCUCUGGGUAUCAAGAGAUGUGACUUAAAAGCAGCAGAAAACAACGAGGAGCACCACACCAAUGCCAUCAGCUCCCGGCAUCUUGUUUUGAGGAGGGGACAGUCCUUCACUAUCAUCCUGAACUUCCGUGCCCCUGUCCACAAAUUCCUCACUGCCCUGAAGAAAGUGGCUCUCAUUGCACAAACUGGAGAGCAGCCUUCCAAGGCCAACAAGACUCAAGUCAUAUUCCCGAUUUCCUCUCGGGGUGACAAAAAAGGAUGGAGUGCAGCAGUGGAAGAAAGAGAUGCUCAGAACUGGACCAUCUCCGUGACCACACCCGUAGAUGCUGUUAUUGGCCACUACUCACUCCUGCUUCAGGUUUCAGGCAGGAAACAAUACCCCCUGGGCCAAGUCACACUGCUCUUUAAUCCCUGGAAUAGAGAUGACGCUGUGUUUCUUCAGAAUGAGGCUCAACGAACAGAAUACUUACUGAACCAAAAUGGCCUCAUCUACCUGGGCACCUCGGACUGCAUUCAGGAGGAGCCCUGGGACUUUGGUCAGUUUGAGAGAGAUGUCAUGGACCUCAGCCUGAACUUACUGAGUGUGGACAAGCAAGUGGAAAAGUGGAGUCAGCCUGCACAUGUGGCUUGUGUGGUGGGCACCCUGCUGCAUGCUCUCAAGAAGAAGAGUGUCCUACCAAUUUCACAGACCCAGGCUGCCCAGGAAGGGACCUUACUGUACAAGCAACGGGGCAGUGUGCCCAUACUGCGCCAGUGGCUCACUGGCCAAGGACGACCCAUAUAUGAGACCCAGGCCUGGGUGUUCGCUGCUGUUGCUUGCACAGUGCUACGUUGCCUAGGCAUCCCAGCACGCGUUGUUACCACAUUUCCUUCAGCCCAGGGCACCAAUGGGAGCCUGCUGGUGGAUGAGUACUACAAUGAGGAGGGACUACAGAAUGGAGAAGGAAGGAGGGGCCGUAUCUGGAUCUUCCAAACUUCUGUAGAAUGCUGGAUGAAGAGACCUGAUUUGUCCCCGGGUUAUGACGGAUGGCAGAUUCUGCACCCAAGAGAUCUUAAUGGAGUUGGAGUCCUGGGACCCUGCAGUCUGGUCCCAGUCAGAGCAGUCAAGGAGGGGGAACUGCAGCUGGACCCAGCAGUAUCAGACCUUUUUGCUUCAGUAAAUGCGACAAGCAUGGUCUGGAAGUGCUGUGAAGAUGGGACAUUGGAGCUGACCGACUCCAAGAAAAAGUAUGUUGGCAAUAGCAUCAGCACCAAGGUCGUGGGCUGUGACCGCUGCGAAGACAUCACCCAGAACUACAAGUAUCCUGAAGGAUCUCAAGAGAAAGAGGUACUGGAGAGAGUCCAGAAAGAAAGAAGGAAAUACUGGAAAGACCUGUGUCCUCCGAGUCCUGAGCCUGUUGAUCCUAUGCACCUGUUCUUGGACACACCUACCUCCUUCCCCUUGAGGGGGAAAAGUCACAUCUCAGUGACCCUGAUUAAUCCCACAGACCAGGAGAAGGAGGUGCAUCUAGUGAUUGGGGUCCAGGCUGUGUACUACAAUGGAAUCGUUGCUACUGAUCUCUGGAGGCAGAAGCAGCACUUCAGACUUAGGACCAACCAAGUUCUGAAAAUAUCUACCAGCCUCUCCUCCUCCAAUUUUGAGCAAGACCCACCUGAGAACAGCUUCCUCAGAGUCACAGCAAUGGCAACACAUUCCCACAUCAGCCUCAGCUGCUUUGCUCAGGAAGACAUAGCCAUUGAUAGACCGAAUCUUAUCAUCAAGAUGCCAGAGACAGCAGAACAGUACCAGCCUCUCACUGUCUCGGUCGGUGUGCAGAACUCCUUAGACUGCCCCAUGCAGAACUGCAUCAUCUCCAUCUUUGGAAGAGGACUCAUUCAUAGAGAGAAGAGAUACAGAUUGGGUUCUGUGUGGCCAGGAAGCUGCCUGUGUACUCAGUUCCAGUUCACACCAACACAUCUGGGGCUCCAAAGACUCACUGUGGAAGUAGAUUGCGACGUGUUCCAGAACCUGACAGGCUACAGAAGUGUCCUUGUGGUAGCCCCUAAGUGUCUGUUUAAACCCCAAACAAUCCUCGAACUUCCUUCUGAAGCCAGACAUACUCUGGAGUGACACUCUGCCCAUCAGGCAAAUGAGUCUCCACUAAGGUUGAGCAGAAUAGUGAUCA